GGUACCGCCGUUACCUUGGUGACAGGUUCUGUGGUUAAGAAACAAAGUGCUAGGUUGAACACGAUUGAACGCGAACAGACCCCGACGUUUUCUUGUAACAGUUUGAGCUAGCCUACUUAUCAAUAUUAUAAUUUGUUCCCGAUCUUAACAAGCUUUUCCCUCUACGUGAGAAUUAGGACUAACAUGUCAAAACAGGAGGGAGAUCUUGAAAAGUUUCUCAAGAAUGUUGAUGAGAUAAGCACUUUGGUGGAGGAGCUGAACUCCUCCAGUGAGUGUUGUCAGAGGAAAGCCAUAGAGAAUGCAGACCGCCUGAUAGCCUCUUGGAAGCAAGAAGAACCGUGCAGGACCCGACUCAAUAGGACAGUAAUAAACACCAAGACGUCGCAGCAAGCGACACCACCCACGGAUUUGAAAAAUGACUCUGAGAUUAGUUCUGAGGAUUUCAUGAGGAUUUUAGAAAAGGAUGCGGAAGACAGAGCGGAGAGGAGGAAGAAAAAUGAAGAACUUGCGUACGAGCUAAAAGCGAAAGGGAACGAGGCCUUCGCUCGUGGCGACUACGAGGCGGCCGUCCUGCAUUACACAGAGGGGCUGCAGAAGCUGCGCGACAUGCCAGCGCUCUACACCAACCGGGCACAGGCCUAUAUCAAGCUGCAGAAGUUCAAGGAGGCCAUCAGUGAUUGUGAUUGGGCGCUGAGGUGCGAUGAAAAAUGCGUCAAGGCGCUGAUUCACAUGGGCAGAGCCCACCAGGCCCUGAAGAACUACACGGAGGCACGAGGAUGCUAUCAAAGGAUUUUGGACAUUGAGCCUGGCCGAGCUGCCUUGGUAAAACAGUACCUGACCCAGGUGGAUCUGGAGGAAAAGAAAGAGUUGCAGGAGAAGAGAUCGCGGGAUGAGUUUGAGAUGGGGAAAGAAGAGGCUUUGACUGUGCACCUCCUGCUGGAAAAGCUAAAGAAACCAGAGCAGAUGAUCAUGUACUACUGCGGAGGCCUAGAGCUGCUCUCUCAGGCCAUAACUGACUGCACUGGCCAGACGCUCUUCAGGUUGAACGACGGCUUCGGUGUCAUCAGUGGCAAUGACGCUGUGAGGAGGUGCCUGUGCCAGAGCUCAGCGGCGGCGCUUUCUGAAGAGCUGUGCGUCUCUGUGCUGAAGCUGUGGAGCGCAGUCUGCAGGGCAAACGAGGAGAACCAGCGGCUGUUGCUGCAGGGCUCUCUGGAGCAGGAGUGCGUGGUGCAGCUGCUGGCAUCGGGGGGCGCUGGAGUGCGGAGCCAGUGCCUGGAGCUGCUCUGCGUGUUCACACAGGACCAACAUGGCCGCCGCUUGCUCAUUGGCCUGCCGGAUCUGCACGUGCUGGUGAAGAGCCUCAUGAAGUGCCUGUGUGACGAGGACCCAUCCGCGGAACGCGCGCUGUCUGUUCUGGGAGCGCUGGCGGCGGAAGAGCGGUUUCGUGCCCUGUUGAGGGAAGACUUUGCAGCAUUAUUUGUUCCUCCGUUUGUAAGAUACCUGAGAAAUAUCACUUCAGCCAACCACAGUCUGCUGCCUUUGCUCAUAUCAGUUUUGUUCAGUAUGGCUUCUGACAGCUUCAUCUGCGGAGAGAUUGCCCAAUGCAAGGACUGCUGGGAAGCCUUUCUUAUUGCCAUGGAGCGGUGUUCGCAUCGUGAAUACAGAGACGUCCUCGGCGCGCUGCUGGGCCUGCUGAUAAAGCUCUCGGCCCGGCCCGUCCCGCCCGUCCAGGACUAUGCUGUUCCCAUCAGCUGCCGGUGCUUGGCCUUGCUCAACCAUCCCGACGGACACAUCAUCACUCGGAGCACAGGUGUUCUGAGUAUGGUCCUCCCACAGUCCCAAGAUGCAACACAAGAUGCCGUUAAGGGAGGGAUAGUGAAGAAAAUACUCAAACUACUAAAGGGCUCGGGGCAGACCACCACUCGAUACUGCAUAAAGACCUUGGCAGUGUGCACUGCAACCAGCCAGCAGGCCCGGGAGGAACUGGUCAACCUGGACAAGGGGCUGCGGACUCUGAGGAGGCUGGUGGGCGGGGCCGGGGAGGUGGAGGCGGGGAAUGCGGCGCUGUGUUUGGGACACUGCCUGGACGUCCCGGGAGUGGCCGCCGCGCUCCUGGGGACCGACGUGGUCCUGCUGCUGCUGCGCCACGCCGCCGGGGACGCUGGGAGCGCUGGGAAUGCUGGGAACGGGCGGAAGAGCGGGAGCGCCCAGCAGAACGCCGCCAUUGCCCUGGGGAAGCUGUGCGAGGCCGAGCCCAGACACAUGGUGAAACUCAGAGAACUUCAUGGCCUGGAAAUACUUCACUCCUGUUUGAAACAGACAGCUUAAGGGAGGAAGUGACCCGAGGACUUCAGGAACUACUGGAAGAUGUGGCAUGCUAAGGGGGACGGCUGAACGUGCUUGCGGCCUUCGCUUUCUGCAGUGAAUUCCGGCGACCGCGGUCUUGUCAGUCAUUACACGUCCCUCUGAGGUUUAAGGCGUAAAAAACGUGUAGAGAGAUCGGAGGUGAAGGGGCCCCUAGAGGUUCCAUUAAGUUGCGGAUUCUCCACACAUUUGUCCUCAGGUUUUGGAGCUGAUGCUUCAUCACGGUCUCACUGCAUACCCCUCAUCCGUAGAGCGUUUCAGAGGUAUCCUCUUCAGUGCGGACGCCCGUGCGAGCCGCUUCCUUCCUUUAGCCUCUAAAAUGCGUCUGCGGCGUUCUCUGCAGGGCUUGUUGACUGUCGACCCUGGACAAUAAACUCAAAACCCGUGCCUGCGAUGCUUUAUUGUCUUUCUGCUGUGUAAGUGAUGGAAGAGAUGUAUCGAUUUUUUUGUGUUAUUGUUUUGUAACAUAAUGUAUCCAACACCUGCCACAGAAAGAGGCUAAAUAAAUAUACAGGAAAUGAGACCGAGACAAAACUGUUCAUCAAAAUAGCUUCGUUUUAAUUUGGCAGGUACUUAUUUUUUGUUGAUAAUAACCCGUUUUUAUGUAUUGGUUCCUUUUCAAAAGUGAUUAUUAGAUAACAGAAUUGAAAGAAAAGCGUUUGGACCCCCGGUAAACUGAGUAGUGCCACAUGUUUUGGAGAGAAUUUGAAUUGGUACCUAGGUCUUGUAUAAACUUCUGUUGUAGGAUGUCUGCCUGGGACGGAGGGUCCAGAUUCAUCCGGGAUUCAGAUGCUUUCAUUCGCGUCCUAGCAUUUUUACCCUCAGUAUCUCAAUCCCUCUAAUCUUUGUCUCGGUUACCCACUAGAAGACAGCGGCUCAAAGUCCUGUUGUAUUUUACCACAAGCAACACAUUUGUUUCUAAUUAUUAGGCCUUAUAAUGAGCUGGCCUGGAGUUGCUCAAUAAGGUUUAAAAAACUAAUUAAGAAAAUUCUUGAAACAUGAAAAAAAACCUAGUCCUGAAAGCUAAUGCAUUUUAUAGUGUCUUUUAUAGUAUGUACUUUUUCCAGUGAUCCAUCGACAAUGUUUUCUAAAUAAGCAUUAGAAUCCAA